AUGUGCGAAGCGCUAAAGACGCAAUAUCAGGUAAACGAGGAGAUCGGUCGUGGACGCUUCGGAACCAUCUUCCGCUGUUUCCACCCUCUCUCCAACGAACCCUACACCUGCAAGGUCACCGACAAGUCUCUUAUCGCUGAUUCCACCGACCGUGAGUGUCUCCAGAAUGAACCAAAAUUCAUGACCCUUCUCUCUCCUCACCCUAACAUCCUUCAAAUCUUCGAUGUCUUUGAGGACGACAAUUAUCUCUCCAUCGUCAUGGACCUCUGCCAACCCCACAUGCUCUUCGGCCGCAUCGUUAACGACCCCAUUUCCGAGACCCAGGAGACCGUCCUCAUCAAGAGCCUUCUCGAAGGCUUGGCCCACUGCCAUCACAUGGGCGUGGCCCACUGCCAUAACAUGGUCGUGGCCCACUGCGACAUCAAGCCCGACAAUGUUCUCUUCGACUCCGUAGAUAAUCUCUUUGCCAGCAACAUCAUCGAGAAAAAGUAA